AUGGCGCAGAAAGUGGCGCAGGGUAUUGCUGAGAAACGAAAAGGAAGAAGGGGUCCAGGUAGUGUUAUUGGAUCUAGCGCUGCUGGUUGCAUUUGCGCUUUCCUUGCUAUUUUUGGUGUUGGGGGAGAGGCAUUUUCUCGGCUUUGGACUCUCGGGUUUGUUGCCAGUUUCUGUACCAAGCUGAGUGACACGGUCUCAAGCGAGAUCGGGAAGGCAUAUGGAAAAACAACGUAUCUAGUUACAACAUUCAAGAUAGUUCCAAGAGGCACAGAAGGGGCUGUUAGUGUUGAAGGAACCUUGGCUGGAAUUUUAGCAUCCAUAGUUCUUGCAUUUGUCGGUUUUCUCAUGGGUGAGGUUAGUUCACAUGAAGCAAUUAUAUGUGUAGUAGCUGCUCAAAUUGCUAAUCUUGGCGAGAGCGUAAUUGGUGCUGCACUUCAAGAGAAGGAAGGAUUUAAAUGGCUGAACAAUGAUGCAGUCAAUGUCAUCAACAUAUUAAUGGGUAGCAUCAUAGCAGUCUUCAUGCAGCAAGCGCUCCAGAUUUGGUGUUCCUAA